AUGGCAUCUGCCCCUUCCUCCGUCGUGGCCGGAGACGAGAAGUCCACGACGGAGAAUUACCGCAUCCUUGUGCACGGGACGACAUAUAUCGACGUCGUCUACACCAAUGAGGCGGUGACUGUUGAUAGAAUUCUUCGUAUGUACGAGGGUUGGCUCGACGAGGACGAGGACAGGUUCAAGUUCGUUGGUCUGGAUCUCGAGUAUGACUCUAGCGGACACAAGUUGGCGGAUCAAUGUCCGCACCUACUGACUUUUCUCAAGCACAAGCAAUACACUUUUACAAGUGUUGAUAAAAGAAAUGACACAAAAUUUCUUCGUGCGGUCGGUCUUCAUGUUCCAGAAGAGAGACACAUCGACAUCCAGGACAUUUUCAAGAUUAAAGGUCAACCGCAGGCUGGAAUGGCUGAUCUUGCAGCAAAGCUCAUUGAUCCUAUGUUUGCCAACAUGAAGAAGGAGUUCAAGUACAACCGGCUAAUGAAGGAAGGGCAUGAUUUCUGGGAAUGCAAGCCACUAUCCUGGAUGAACCUCGAGUACGCAGCUAUUGACGGCUAUCUCAGCUAUGAGAUAUACAACAAGAUCUACACGGUGAACGAGGGACAAGCUCACCUCCAGAGAUCAGACCACAUCUGCCCCAGAUGCAAAAAUCAGGAUGAAUCUUCAUCCAUGACCAAGCGUAAGAAGCAAGCCUUGGAGUGA